AUGCCCGCAAAGGGUAUUCGCCCCCAAAUCAUGAACGGGCCGAUGCACCCGCGCCCGCUGGUGGCGCUGCUGGACGGCCGCGACUGCACCGUGGAGAUGCCCAUCCUGAAAGACCUGGCGACCGUCGCCUUUUGCGACGCCCAGUCCACACAGGAGAUCCACGAGAAGGUGCUUAACGAGGCGGUGGGAGCCAUGAUGUACCACACCAUCACCCUGACCAGAGAGGACCUGGAGAAGUUCAAAGCCCUGCGCAUCAUCAUCCGCAUCGGCAGCGGAUACGACAACAUCGACAUCAAGGCGGCCGGAGAGCUGGGCAUAGCUGUGUGCAACAUUCCCUCUGCAGCCGUGGAGGAGACGGCCGACUCCACCCUUUGCCACGUCCUCAACCUUUACCGGCGGAACACCUGGCUCUACCAGGCUCUCCGGGAGGGCACGCGGGUCCAGAGCGUGGAGCAGAUCCGCGAGGCGGUGGCGGUGCGGGCCAAGGUGUUCGGCUUCAACGUGAUCUUCUACGACCCGUACCUGCAGGACGGGCUGGAGCGCUCGCUGGGCGUGCAGCGCGUCUACACGCUGCAGGACCUGCUCUACCAGAGCGACUGCGUCUCCCUGCACUGCAACCUCAACGAGCACAACCACCACCUCAUCAACGACUUCACCAUCAAACAGAUGCGUCAGGGCGCGUUCCUGGUCAACACGGCGCGGGGGGGGCUGGUGGACGAGAAGGCCCUGGCCCAGGCGCUGAAGGAGGGCCGGAUACGCGGAGCUGCCCUGGACGUCCACGAAACCGAGCCCUUCACUUUUGCUCAGGGCCCUCUGAAAGACGCCCCCAACCUUAUCUGCACGCCGCACACGGCCUGGUACAGCGAGCAGGCCUCUCUGGAGAUGCGGGAGGCGGCGGCCACCGAGAUCCGAAGAGCCAUCACCGGCCGAAUCCCCGACAGCCUACGGAACUGCGUCAACAAGGAGUUCUUCGUCACCACGGCACCAUGGGCGGUUAUGGACCAGCCAGGCGUUCACCCCGAGCUCAAUGGCGCCGCCUACAGAUACCCCCCCGGUGUGGUGGGCGUGGCUCCAGGCGGGCUCCCGGGGGCGUUAGAGGGCCUGGUGCCCGGCGGGGUGCCCAUCGCUCACACCCUGCCCUCCGGCACACACCCCUCCCAGGCCCCGUCGCCCAACCAGCCCUCCAAACACGGCGAGACCAGAGAGCACCUCACCGAGCAAUAG